AUAAAUUUAAAAACGUUUUCUUAAACGUGUCUUUGUUUAUAAACAAAUGUCGUUUUUUAAACAACAGCAAAUGGGCUCCUUGUUGCUAUAGAAUUGACUUGAGCGAGAACAACAUCUUCGCUUUGGACAAUGAAGCAUUCCGAGCUUUAUUGAAAAUUCAGGAAGGAAAAAGGUACAAGAGACACGAAUUAGACGGAUUUGCCCAAAGCUGGGAAACCUCGUCAAAGGAAAUUCGCCGAUUGUUGACGCACAUUAAAACGUUAGAGUCCCUCGACCUUUAAAACAUAAUCAGUAUUAACGAAGUCAGAUUUCUGGUCGAACAACUCGCGACUUGUAUUCCAGAAAUAUCAGAACGUAUACAACACAACAUGAAAUCACUCGACACUCAUCAAAAACGUCUCACUACAGAGGACCAACUAAUUCAACAACUAAAACCACAACUAUACAUAACCUGCGUUGGACUCGAAGUGAAAAAACUGACCCAACCUGCAACCGUUUGUACGAACGCUAAAUGUACAGAAGUCAUGACGGUCGCUAAGGUCAAACAAUAUCACUACAAACAAUGCCACAGUCCCUGUUACCUACCCGGAAAUAGCGAAACGACAGUCGGCGAUCUGAAACUUCGUUUUUGUUCUUUAAUGUUAAACGACAAGUGCAAGCGUUGCGGCUGCGCCUGGCAAUUCCACAUGAACACUUGCAAAGUAACCCAGAAGAAAGAAUUUCGAAAAGAAGACGAGAUGGUCAAAGACGCUAUCAAAAGCAAGCAAGACUAUCGUAGUCAAAUCGAGAAACUGGUUGAAGAUUUAAACAAACAGAACUCAGAACUGGAAGAAGAAGCCGAAACCAUUUCUACAAUUAUAGCCAGGUUUUCGUACUUCUUGCAAAAACACGCAAUCUUGCCGUUCAAUGACUCCUACAACGACUUAAUUAAACAGCGCAUCAAAAACGAGAAGGAUCUAGAAAACUCAACUAAUCCGGAAAUGGUUGCAAAACUCGAGAAGCUCUUAAGCCAACACCAAGCUCGCCAAAAAAUCGUCCAAAAAAGCACCAGAAAGUUCCAAAACGAAGCUAGAAGCAGAGAAUUGACUCUUCAAACAAUCAUGAACUGCAUCUCCCGCCUCUACCGUUUGAAACACAUGGGAAAAACCAUACAACAACUGACACAAACAUCGAGCAUUUGUCGUCACGGAGAAGCCCAGGAAAAUUUCAGCUUGGACGAGACAAUCGCCGAAGAUCAAUAUCAGAAGACGGAUGACAGUGAACACGAUGAUGAAGUUAACACUAGCAACGAAAGCGAUAACAGUGACGAACCUGUUAUUAAAGUAACUUAAACAUAUCUAACUAACGACUCUAGUUCUACGCAGCUCGUAAGACAAAAUCCAUCUCCGCAGAGACAUGAAAACCGCCUAAUCAGAAAGCAUUCUUUUCGUCGAUAUAGAAAUCCAGAAGAAUACCCCCCAACCGAAAAAAAAUCACAUAGAAGGCACUUGGACCAUUCACCAGAUGACCAUGAUUUUAGAAAAUCCAGCUCUGACAAUGACUUGGAUGGUGGUCAUUUUGCUCGAUUUUUUGACAGGAGAAGCAGUACCAAACGUUCACAAAAGCAACACCACGAUCGUUCUAGGAAGUCAGAUCGUGGCAAAAAUGACUCUUUUCGGCAACCAAGAGAUUCAGAAGAGAAUUACAGAAGAAUUGAGAAAAAAACAAGACAAAGAGCACGCGAUGAAGUGGAAGAUUCGCCCAGGCGUCAUCGUCACAGAAAUGACAGCUAUGGCUCAAGUAAUCAUGAUUCUAUAAAGGGUUAUACUGCUCGAAGUAAACAUUCUAGACACGAAGAUCGAUCUGAUAUUGAGAGUUUAAAACAAUCUAAGAACUAUGAAUCAGGUGAUGAUCGGUCUACCAAGUUGACUAGAUCUAGACGCAGAUCUGGGGACGAAAGUAGAGAUCCGGGUAACAAAUCGUCUACAAGAUCUUCUGGUCGUGGACAGAAGAAACAGAGUCAAAAACCCGAGGAAAAUCUAGUCAACGUAACGAAUCUUUCAGAGGAGAACGCAGUACCAAAAGAGGUCCGAAAACCCAGAAGAAACCUAAAUCUGGAGACGAAAGUUAGAAUUCUAAAAUAAAAGUGAAUACCAACAAUUUGAUGGUCAUGGUUGUCUAUUUCUGAUCUGUUUAUCUCUUGGGUACUUCAAGAGAAUAGUUAGUAUUGUGAGGAACAAUAAAUUUUUAUCGUGA